AUGGAGCAGACUGGUGGCUUUGAGGAGUCUAUGGCCUGUGCAGACAUAGGAAAACGGAGAGCUUUUGGGAAGAAUCAUGUGCUGUGUGGAGGAGACUUUAAUACGGAAUCCAUGGCGAGAAAUUUCAGAAGGGAAAAAAAUCUAAGUAUCUCUUGUUUUGUUAACACUCAAGAGCUGCCUCUUAAUUGGGAUUUUGGCUUCAGAAGAAAUUUUUCCGAGGCUGAGAUUGCAGAAGUGGUAAUACUUUUGGAUAUAUUGGGGAAGAACCCGAAGACACCUCCGAAAAUUCAAUUCUUUGUGUGGUUGGUAGCAAAUGGCAAGAUUAAUACUUGUGAUGUUAUUCAAAGGAGGCAACCAAAGAUCUGUUUAUCUCCUUCUUGGUUUGUUCUUUGCAAAGAGAAUGCAGAAAACAUUGAUCACUUGUUCAUUCACUGUUCGUAUUACUCGGAGCGGAGUGGGUGA